AUGGGAUUAGAAACGGCGCUUGGUUCUGUGACCUCAAAAGUGGAAGGCUGUGACGUUGCAGAUUGGAGUGAGCUUUUUGUUUGUAGGUGGGAGUGGAGCGCUCUUGACUCCCUGAAGGAAGCAGCAAAACGGGAACGUCUCCCCUUGGAAUUCUUGACCGUCUCCUCUGGCAAACAAGCACAGAGACAGAGAAGGAAGGACAUGGGAGCAUCCUUUUUGCCUUGCCAAGUUCAACAACACUCAGCAACGCAAACGGAUCAUCUUCCCAUUGGGACUAUCCCAGAAGAAGGAAUCGAGCAGCCACACAACAAUCCUCCUCCACCAGCACCACCACAUGCUGCAGUUGCUCAGUGCCCCAAGCAUAAGGAUCUUAAGCCGAGAGAAAAGAAACGAUUGAUUUGUCGGUCUCGUCCAGGACAAAGCAGCGGCAACAGAGAGAUUGGCGAACAAUACAAUCAGCUUGGUGUAUCUUUGGAGUUCGACGAAGACUUCCACUCUAAAGCUGACCAACGAACCACUGUCAUGAUCAAGAACAUCCCUAACAAGUUCAGCCGAGAUAUGUUGAUCGGGUUGCUGGACGAGCACUGCGCCAAGGAGAACGAAAAGGCACAGUUGUUGGAUUCCGCACCGUCGCAAUACGACUUCGUUUACUUGCCCAUCGAUUUCAAGAACGGGUGCAAUUUGGGGUAUGCGUUCGUGAACUUCACGACGGCGGCGGCGGCGCGGAGGCUGUACGGCGCGAUGCACCGCCACGAGUGGAAGGUCUUCGGUUCCAAGAAGAUCUCGCACGUCUGCUACGCUCGCAUUCAGGGAAGAAAAGCUCUCGUGAACAACUUCAAGAACUCCAACUUCCGAUGCGACACCGACGAGUUCUUCCCGGCGGUCCUCUCACCACCGCGUGACGGCGCCACCUCCCUUCCUUCUCCCAUCCCCGUCGGUAGACGCUGGAAGGGUGUCCCUCGGUGA